CAAGUCUAACAUCAACCGAUCCGAAAAUGAAAAACGUUAUGUGUCAACUUAAACAAAUCAAAACCCAUACUCGGAAUCGGAUCGAUCAAGGGCAGCUCUCACCCCUGGCGCUUAUUUCCAUUGAAAAGGAGACUUUUAAAACUUCAGGCCAAGAGAGAGCAAUUCUACAAUGAUGUCACGGACAUCUUCAUCCAGGAGAGAAGGAUGGACUUCAUAUACAAGUAGAUAUGAAAUACAAUCCCGAGUGACGGAGCUCAUCAGAGACAACAGCAAUGUGCAGCCUGGCUUUCCUCAUCAUGUCUGCCUGCACCUUGAUCGGGGGUCUCUCAGUCUGCUGCCCUUAAAGAAGAUACCACGUCGUCAGAGAUGUAAUGACCUGGGACCAAGCUCGCCAACACUGUCAAAGUAAUUUCACUGAUCUGGUUAGUGUUCCCAGUGAUGAGGAAAUGCAGGCAGUCAAGGCACUGAUUUCCCGGGUCUCAGAGUACACGUUUUGGUUGGGUCUGCGCAGAAACACAGUCAGCUCGCCUUGGGAAUGGUCAACCGGUGUGGCCUUUCAAUACAGCAAAUGGCUGAGUUGGGAACCAGAUGCUAAUGGAGAGUGUGGAGCCAUGAUUCCCACCGGAGAGUGGGGAGCUGAACCUUGUGCUGACCUUCACAGCUUCGUCUGCUUGGCAGGACCUUCUGCGCUGUGCGGUCAGAGGGAGUACUUCCUGGUUCACACAGUGAAGAAUGCAGACGAAGCCAGAGAACACUGCAGAUCUCUGUACACAGACCUGGUGAGCAUCACAAGCCAAGACGUGCUCCUGGAUAUCGAACAGCUGAUGAACAAAGACACUUCCAAUACCGACUACUGGAUAGGACUGAGGAGGGACGGUGGGUCUUGGAGCUGGGGAAACGGGGAAACCUUCAGCUACAGCAACUGGGGAGGAUUUCAGCUAGUGAGGAAUGGAACCUGUGUCACGAUCAAGACCUCUCAAUUGAAUUUUGGGGCAUGGCAGAUGAACAACUGCAAUGACAUCAACAAGUUCAUCUGUUACAAAGAUCCUGACUCCCCCACACUGUAG